CUUUCCUAGCUCUGCCUGUGUUGAUGGUGGCUGUUGAGUAUGGCAGGUAGGACACCGGCACGUUCAUCAGGAGCAAACUUUGCAGGUAGCCUCCCACCUAGUCCAUUAGGGGCUACUCCACGCCCCCCUCUGAGACAAGUGUAUCCCAAACUACCUCAGGGCUCAUUUGUGUCCGAGUAUGAAAUAAAUUCCAGUACUGAUGGUGAUUAUGUUCAAGUGACGCAUACGUCCAAAACCAGUUAUUCAACAAGUGAGCAGCAAGACCCGAUGCUUGUCCCGCUCUCCUCUGAUUCUGGCAGCAGCACCAAGUCCUUGAUCAUACUCGGACUCAUUUUUGUGACAUCUUUGCUAGCCCUGGGCGUAGUAUACCUGGGGUUUCCUAAAUUAGACCCAAAUGAAUAUCAAUAUAUCAAGGUACCACGGGACAUUGAGGAUGCAAAAAACCUGGGCCGAGUUUUAUAUCGUUACAAAGACAAGUACUUUUACCAAGUUUUAGGUGGCUAUUUUAUAACAUAUAUAUUUUUACAGACCUUUGCUAUCCCAGGUUCUAUAUUCCUUAGCAUAAUCUCUGGCUUCUUAUAUCCUUUUGCCUUAGCUUUGCCGCUUGUGUGUUUGUGUUCUGGACUUGGGGCCUCCUUCUGUUACCUCUUGUCCUUCAUGGUAGGCAGACGCAUUGUAAACAAGUACAUACCUCAAAAAGUGGCCGAGUGGCAGCUACAUGUGGAACGUCACAGAGAACAUAUUUUCAACUAUAUUAUCUUUCUGCGAAUCACACCUUUCCUUCCAAAUUGGUUCAUCAACAUCGCCUCUCCAGUCAUCAACGUCCCACUGUUUCCCUUUUUCCUGGGAACUGUUCUAGGAGUAGCACCACCUUCAUUUGUCGCCAUCCAGGCAGGUACAACUUUACACCAACUGACCUCUUCUGGUGAUGCAGUGUCAUGGACAUCAGUUGCGGUUCUCGGAUUGUUUGCCUUGAUCUCUUUGCUUCCUGUUGUUUUCAAACGGCAAUUACGAGAAAAGUUUGAUUAGGCUAAUUCCUGCACAAGUGAAGAACUGUAUUAAGAAAGGUUAACUUAAAUGUGGUAAGGGAUGCUGAUUGUUUAUUUUUUAUUUUAAGUUUGUGUCAGUUUGGCUUGUUUAUUAUAAUGGAAGAAAGAGGUCUAUGUGGCAAUAAGGCAGUAGCAUGUGGUGCAGCAAGAUUUAGGGCACAGAUUGUUUCUCAAGAGCUUUUACAUUGCUUGUCCAGGGCUCAUACUCAUGAAGCACAUUUAGUCAACUGGUCACUGGCUGCUUGCAGAUAGUGGCUAAAACAACGUAUUUAUGGACAAAGGGUAGACCUACAUAAGUCAUUUUACAAGCUGACAAUUUAUCAAAGGAGCCCUCUUCUGAUAACUUUCUCCUAUGUUGAUUAAAUAUGGUAGAGAUCAUGGUUGAUUUAGUUUACUUAACACAGAAGUUUUCUAUAACUCAUAAACUGCACAUAAAAUGUAAUAGUACCCAACUGUUAGGUACCUAGCAUUUUUAUUGAAUUCAUAAUCUGAGGGUAAUAGAGAAAGCAUGAAAUUUGAAACUCAGCAUUGUAAUUGACGGUGUUUUUUACUUUUCUUUAUCGUUGGUGGUUUUUUUGCCUCUUGGGAAGUUCUCCGCUGUUAGUCUCUGUGAGCCUAAACGCUUUGUACACGCCUGCCUUGUUUUAGUAGCUUAUCUGAAAUGUGAAUAAACCGGAAGCUUUCUACACACCUGCCUCAUUUUAGUGCAACUUGAAUUUUUUUCCUGUCAGAUCUUUUGAUGGAUGAAGGCAAAAACAAUUCUAAAUGUUCCUUGGAUUUGACAUGUGGGUUGUUGACAAAUGUAAGAAGUGAAACAUCUGAUCUGGCUGUAGGCCUGGUUCAUAGCAUUUCCUGGCUUUAUGCAAGUCUGUACUUUACUUGCUCUAUUCUGUGGUAGUGAUGUCUUAAAGUACUAUUAGAGGCUUCUUCUUUAACUUGGGUCAGUUUGCUUGUUGUAAGUUAAUGUUUUUUUAAUAGUGCUAUGAUCUUGUAGAAUCAGUAAUGUAUCAUUAAAUAUUUGACCAAUCUGGUGGACCAAACAGGUGCACUUAGAAGCAGUCUGGCUUCCCACUUGUUGGGGUGUUUUGCAAUCUUUAUGUUUAUCAUGCAAUUGUUCCUUUGUCAAUUUUUGCUACAGCUACCCUUAGAAUGUCUCUGGAAAUACAAGUCCAUAGUCAUUACUUUGCGUUACCCUGAACAUACAGUUUAAUUUCCAUUAUUGCAUCUUCACAUGAAUGUGACCUGCAGAGCUUGAGUGUGCACUGAACGCAGAAAUGUUCAUCUAGAAGAGUCAGCCUGUACAAAGUUUGAAAACUGAAAUAUUUAAAUUUCUCUGACUAAGGCGUGUGAACAUGUGCUAGCAUAGAUGUUUGAAUGCCAUAUCUCAGCUUUGAGGCAGAAGAGAGUGGAGAAAACCAUAUUUUUUGAUGAGCUGUCUGUGUCUGUCAAGCUGUGUGACUUCUUGCACUGAACCCUCUGUAUGCUGGGAAGUUUUGACAUUACAGUGCAUGAUCUGUUCUGUUAGAUUGGUCUGUCAUAAAGUUGUAAAAAUGGUUGCUGUCAUAACUGUUGCAGAUUGCUCUGUCAUGACAGUUAAUACUUUGCUGUUAGAAUGUUCUGUCAUAACAGCUGAUGAUUUGUUCUGCUAGAAAAAUGUCAGGGAAGUUAAUGAUGACUUGUUCUGCUAUAUAGUUUGUCAUAAAACUUUAUUCUACAUGAAAACUAAAGACAUUCUAACUCUGUUUGCUUGGUUUGUCAGGGGUUCACAGCUGUCAACCAUUGUCAUGAGAAGUGUUAAUGACCUUCAUCAUAGCUGAUAUCUUCGUUUUGAGUUUUGACUUUCAUCAAUCAGCAUUUGCUGUUUAGUUUCAGCUUUCACCACAGCUGCAUUUACCAUUUUCACAUGGAGUUUUGAUUUCCACCACAGCUGCAUUUACCAUUUUCACGUGGAGUUUUGAGUUUCAUCAUAGCUUCAUUAACCAUCUUCAUGUGGAGUGUUGAUGACCUUCCCAGUUACCCAAGGCAGCUAGUCAAGUUCUUAUCCACAAUGCUCAGUUCUCUCCUGUUGGCCACCAUUGUUGUAGCUUAUUUGCUGGCUAUGUGGCGAGUUGUCUUUGGCAGUGUGAAAAAUUCUGUUAGUGGUAUUAUCUUUGCCUCCAGCUUUUUGACAUCAGCUUUUCAUCAUAUAUUUCUAGACUUGUUGCAUUCAGACUGUUAGUGGAAAAAACUUAUCUUUGGCACAGUUGGUGUUUCACCUUCUAAUCAUCAUGGUGAUCACUGGUUUGAAAAAUGUGCUGUGACCUCGCACUGAUGUUGUAUAGCCAUUUGGGAAAUGUGGAGAUCAAAAUUCUGCCCCUGACAAGGUAGAAUAGUGAUGUUAUCUUGGAGGCUUCUCACAAAAAACUGUCUGACCAUGUUUCGAAAGCAUCAGAUGUUCUCUGUCCUCACAUGUAUUUGUGAGUUGUCUUUGUGCACUUUAGAAUGCAGUGGGAGUGGUCAUUUACGAUAGAUUGAGAACUGAUGAUAUGAAACAUUGAGUUGUGGCAGUUAGGUACAUGUAGAUGUGAGACGCUGUGGGGUGAGCAGCUGGGACAUGGGAACUAAAGUCUGUGGGCUGGCAAUAGAAACACAAGUAUAGCAGCAAGUUGCAUGGCAGAUUUGCAGGGUGCUGGCUGGCAUUUGAAAUAAGUUUCUUUGAUCUUUGCCACAUUUUUUACAUCACUUGAUGGUAUGCGGGCCUCUUCAUUGCUGCAUGUAAAAAUAUUCUUGGUUGUUACAAAUGUUAAUAUUUCCCCCUUGAUUCUUGAUGUGAGCUACUAUUUGUUUCAUUGAUAUAGAUUCUUGAUGUGAGUUACAGUAUGUUUUAUUGAUACAGAUUUCCCAGUUGCUGUUUCUCCACCACCAGGUUAUUCUGUAAUAGUUGAUAUGGCAUAGACUGUAUCUGGACAUAUUUGUCACAUCAAGUAACAUUAACUUCUUGGUGCAUCUGUUAGCAUGUGUUUCUGUCAAAUACCUGGCAAAGCAUAUUUUUAAUAUCAAUUGUCAUGCCAAACAUCUGGAUAUUUUGAUUCCUAUGUUUUAACAUUAUUUUUUGUUUAUGCUGAAUAUUAGCACUUUAAAAAAUUGAAUUUUUUGCCACACAAAUGCAACUCAUGUGAGCCUGACAUUGUAGCAUACAAGCAAAUAGAAUUGUACUUUCAUGACCCUUGCAGAGAAAUGUAUCAACCUGGUUCUCAGAUAAUGGCAAUUAUAGUUAUAUUGAACAUGUCCUUCGUUCAGAUGAAUGUAGCCUACAUACAUCUUAUGAAUGCAGUGGUUACAGUCAUCUAACCUUUCAUCCACAUUCAUAGAGUUGCAAUUAAUUAUGCAGAAAAAAUAGUUAUCCAAGAAGGGUAAGUUUCCAAGUUGAAUAAGCUUUUAUCAUUACUCCUUACACCAAUCAACAUAGUUGUCAGUAGUUGUGAUUAUGGUCAUUUGGGCACCUGCUGGUCUUCCUCUGUAGAUUUAUGCAUCCUUGCGGUUUCCCAAUUCCUCUUUGUCUUCUAUGCUUGUCUUUUAUUAUGUUAGCAUAGUUGUUUCUCCUUCCAUCCUUCAUAUUCUGUCCAUGUCUUAACCGCUGAGAGCAUACUCCUUUGUGAGCCUGAUUAUGUACUAAAUAAAUCACACUUUAUUAUUAUCAACUUGUAAUGUAUCAUCUUUGCCUUGCCUUUGUAGACUUGCUUUAAAUUCCAUUGUCUCUCCACUUGGCAAUACAGUCUGGUGUAUAUUAAGCAA